ACAUGCAAGAGUGUUAGGUAAUGUGUAAAAUGGGAGAAAGUUCGGGAAGUUUGAUCAUCGGCCAUAUGAUAGGCUUUGAGAUCUCCCCCUGGGUUCAUGGAAAGCUUCUUCCCCAUGUGCCUCGAAUAUCUCAUUUUACAUUCCAAUAUACCAGCUAGAUCUGCUUUCCUUUACCUUAAGCAAAGCAUAAGGUGGGUCGUAAUCGUCUUGAUCAAUUUCAUGUACAAUUCAUGUAGGCCUCGAAAACCAACGGAGAUUCAUCCUGCUCCUGUGUGACUGGACCAACUCCGAGCAGUCCGCCGUGUUCAAAUGUCUGUCCAUGGGUCUGGAGUACUAAUACAUGUUUUCCUAUCAUCAUAUCCUUGCGUCAACCUGCAAAUAUGAAGGUGUCAUCCCGAAAGCCGAAGGCGCGGCAUGGACGGGCGGGUCAAAC